CCGCGUCAUCGCAUCGUACUUACGAUUAUUUUCAAGACUCGAAUUGCAUUUUAAUUUCAAAUACGAAUUUGCAAUAAAAUAAAACCCAUGUGCAUUUAUUCUCAUAAAGUGUUUAACGAAAUGUUGCUCGCAAGUUUGAGCCUUUGAAAAUGAGUUUAUGACAUACUGAAUAAAGUGUUUUUUGUUUAUUAUUUUCAGUUUCAAAACGAAAUGUCGAAGGCCGUGAUUAUUCCUGACUGUAAUAAAGACGUCGGUGGCAUCAAAGAUGAAAUUAGUUUAUCUCCUAGCGAUAAAAAGAAUGGGGCGAUAAGUUUGUUUAGUAGAUUAUUGCGUUUAGAUUCUCUCGGUAAAAAACCAAACUCACCCGAUAGUCCUCCAUCGACGGAACCACCUACGACAUAUUAUGGAGUUUACAUACCAUGUGAAAUCAAGAAGGGGCCGGAUGAAGAAGCAUUACAUGUGUAUGAAAAUAAAUCACAAGCUCUAGAGUUGGUGCGGAGAUACAAAUUAGCUAGAUUUAAAGCAUUUAAAAAUCACCAAGAAGCUGUGUCCUUUGCUUUAAGAGGCGCUGAAACUGAAACAUGGGAUGGUUGUGGAAAUGGUUUAGGAGAAAAGCCAUAUCCAUUUAAAGCUCCAUCACCACAGGACAUGGUAGCACUCAGAAAGGCAAUUGAGAAGGGCUGCCUUGCCUUAGUUCGGGACCGAAUUUGGGACAACCCAAGGUAUCUGAUCAGCAGUGGCAAUAGUCCCACCAUUUUACAGGAAGGUGCUCGAUUCAAUGCCUUACAUGUGGCGGCUCGAGCCAUGAAUGCAGAGAUGUGUAACUUAAUAUUGACAACAGUAGGGGACCCAAGUUUUGUUCAGUUACUGUAUGGUGCUGAUACUGAUUCUGAGGCUUGCAAAGAGUUUGCUGGAAUAUUAGUAGACCGUUAUCUGAACACUCCAGAUAAAGUCGCCAACGAAACUCCCCUACAUUUCGCUGCGAAGUUCGGAGCGGAACAGGCAGUCGACGUCUUGACUUCGUUCUCUCAAUGCAAUCGUAAUGCACAGAACAGAGAUGGGAAUACGCCUAAAGAUGUGGUCUGCACUCGUGCCAACAAUAAGGAGGCUGCGGAGAGAAUCUGUGCACUAUUAGAAGAGCGGUUUUACGUGCCAGUUCUGCACAGCGAGGAUGCCAGCUCUCCUCCAACAAUCGGACAGCCGUUUACACCUGCAGAUCCACCUGAGUUAAACACGGACCCGCUGUCGCCCCGUGUAGAGAUCCGCGCGUUCGCCGGGCCAAUGCGCGCGGGCGACGCGUGCACGUUCCGUCGGCGGUGGCGUACGCCGCCGCGCGCCGCACGACCAUUCCGACUGAGAGAGAUGACUAAGGGAUUGGAGACUGUGGGACGAAACUUAGCCGAACAGAUGAAAAUAGGUUGGAAAGAAUACUGGCCUUUUCUGGAUACUUUUACUGAUUUGCGGAGCACAGAAGGACUGACUCUAUUGGAGAACUAUCUCAAGACGAAAUACGAAAACGCGUGUUCGUUUGUGUACAACGACAGCGUGAACCAAUCGCAUUCUCCGGAGGAGUUGUCCAUGUCGGGCAUAAGUCUUAACGUCACUCAGGAGCAGGGAAACGAGGCUUUGAGUCCUAUGUCGGAGCUGUGUGUAGCCUUAAAGACGUGUAGAAUAACUGACAGACACACGAGAGUCAGAAAAAUGGAGCCGGCCAAACCGAUACCUCGGCCGCAACGAACUAACGGUGACACCACUCCUCCUAUCAACCACACGGUCAGCCAAAUCCUGUGCAUAGAUCGCACGUGUCAAGUUUUCGCGAAAAGAAUAGCGAACGCUCUAAUAUUCUCCCUAACCGCUGAACCUGAGGUAGUCGGUGACUCUUUGAAGUCUGAGUGUAAGAAUUUGCAGCACACCAUCUAUACCUAUAUGAACGACGAGAGGUUCCAAGCGAUAGACUUCGCUUUAAUACAUUCGAGGCUAGCCCAGCUCGUAGUUUAUACGUUAAAACAGCGGACUCAAGAGAUGGACGAUAUAGACAAUUUAGUCGGAUUCCUGCUGAAGCUCCGUUGCCCCAACGACGAUAUUUUCAGCUCGGACGACGAGAGGAAACCGUUCUCGUGUCGGAACAACAGAAUAAGAUUGACCCACGUGAUAGACUCGCACGUCCGUUGUCUCGCUAGUUUUAUUUCUGAGGAGAUUACGGAGUCUGAGUCAACCAAAGGCCCGGCGAUCUCCGAAACUGAUUGCGCUGAAAUAUGGAAUAAGACGUCGAAGUGUCGGUGCGACUGGAAAGUGGACGCGUUCGAUAGAAACAGCAAGAAGAACGCUUCUUUCCGCAAGAGCCGCUUGUCAAGCAGUCCGCAGAGUGAGAGUUUUAUUCGACGGCUGUCAUACAAUGAGGAUAUAGGUGAUGGCAGAUUGCAGAAUAAAGUAGCAGAAAGUUGCUUUAGUGUGAACUCGCCGGGAGGGGACGGAGCUACUGCGUUUACUGUAGACGUCACCAAGUGCCAAGUUGUUGAAGCUGAGAUAUCGGAUGACGAGUCCGGGUCGGAGUCGGAGGGGUCGUACGUGACGGCGGACGAGCACGACGCGCCGGACGACCGGAUGUCUGACGCCAGCGACCAGGCCCUAGCAGAACCUUUCAUUUACGGUGAAGAGCCGACCAAAAUAGAUCGACUUGUGUAUGAAGCAGUUAAAGAUGUAUCUCUGACAUCGGAGGCGUAUCCAAACGUUUUUCGCUGGAAGCACACCGUGGCUCUGUACACGGACGAAGAGAGAGAAAGCUGGCAACCAGCUAAGAACACGGAGGAUAGCCGGUGCAGUGUAAGAUGGGGUGCGGACGACAGCGUCUGCCAAAGUCCCGUCAGCAACCUGCUCAGUCCACAUAGCCCGAGUGUCAGCAUGAGCCCGCACAGCCCGCGCGGCCGCCUGCGACUGCGGGCCAUUAGAUGUAGUACACCUACCAGGGAGGCGAGAGAAGAUAAUUCAAGAGAUCUGCCCUUACAGGUGUCGAACUGGCUACGUAUUACAGGACCCAACUCGCCAAAGUCAGCACUAGCGACCAAACACGUAGAACACAAUGUCAGUUUUGGAUUCUAACAUUGAUCUCCGAGGCGAGAUAAAGGCAUAUUUUUAUAAACAUAAUAUAUGAGUUAGUCAAA